AUAUAAACCAAUCAAAUUGCUCCACGUUUGGACCAUAGGAUUUUUCAGACGCAGAAGGGCCGGUGUCAUGCUUAUUUAGUGAAAUAUUAUUUCUGAUUUUGCAACCUAUAAGAUGAAGUUUAACAGAGUGUGUGUUUUAUUUGUCGGAGUAUGUCUUAUUGGGGCAGCUCUCGCUGAUGUGGAGGAAGAAGAUGAUGAUGUUCAAGUGGAAGUGGAGGAUGAAGACGUCAAACCAGAAAAGCCAAAGUUUACGCCUCCAACGGUUGAAAAGAAUGUUCACUUUGCAGACUCCUUCAACAGCAAAGAUGACUUUAAAAGAUGGACUGUCUCACAAGCCAAGAAGGAUGGGGCUGAGGAAUCUAUUUCUAAAUAUGAUGGUAAAUGGCAUGUGGAAGAACCCAAGGACAGUGCAAUAGAGGGAGACCUGGGUCUUAUCCUGAAGUCCAAAGCCAAGCAUCAUGCAGUAUCCUCCAAUCUGAAUAAGCCUUUUAAAUUUGAUGGCAAACCUUUAAUUGUGCAGUAUGAGGUGAGAUACCAGAAUGGUAUUGACUGUGGUGGAGCAUAUGUCAAGCUUUUGUCAGAAGAUCCAAAGUUAAACUUGAAACAAUUUCACGACAAAACCCCCUACACCAUUAUGUUUGGUCCUGACAAGUGUGGAUUAGAUAACAAGCUUCACUUCAUUUUCCGACACAAAAAUCCAAAGACUGGUGAAAUAGAGGAAAAACAUUCCAAGAAGCCCACUGCCUCCCUAGAUAGUUACUUUGCUGACAAGAAGACUCAUCAAUACUCUCUUGUUGUGAAUCCGGACAACACAUUUGAGGUUUCGGUAGAUGGUACUGUUGUUAAGGAAGGCUCUUUAUUGGACGAUGUCAGCCCACCAGUGAAUCCUCCAAAGGAAAUUGAAGACCCCAAUGACAAGAAACCGGCAGAUUGGGAUGAAAGGGAAAAGAUACCAGAUCCUGAUGCAGAGAAACCGAAUGAUUGGGAUGAAAAUGAACCAGAGAAAAUAGUCGACAUAGAAGCAACCAAACCUGAAGGAUGGCUAGAGGAUGAAAACAAACUUACACCUGACCCUGAUGCAGAAAAACCCAAGGAUUGGGAUGAUGAGAUGGAUGGUGAAUGGGAGGCUCCUCUCAUUGAGAACCCUAAAUGCCAAGAUGCCCCAGGAUGUGGAAAGUGGGAACAACCAAUGAUAAAAAAUCCAAAGUACAAAGGGAAAUGGAGAGCGCCUAUGAUAGAUAACCCUAAUUAUCAGGGUGUAUGGAAACCCAGAAGAAUUCCUAAUCCAAACUUCUUUGAAGAUCUCGAGCCUUACAAAAUGACUCCAAUUAAUGCAGUGGGGUUAGAGCUAUGGUCAAUGAAUGAUGAGAUAGUGUUUGACAACUUUUUGGUCACAGAUGACAAGGUGGUAGCAGAGCGAUGGACAGAACAAACAUUCCAGGUCAAAUCAAGAGCAGAAAAGGCUUCAUCUGGAGGACGAAGCGUUGUGGAUGCCAUCAGUGAUGCUACUAGAGAGAGACCCUGGUUGUGGGCUCUCAUUUUAGUAGUGGUGGUUUUACCCAUAGUUCUUAUUGUUGCAUACUGUUGUAUGUCUAAAUCUGAGGCUUGGGGAUAUUUCUCUGCAAUGAAGGGGGCAGCAGAUGAAAGACCUUGGCUGUGGGCGGUGUAUGUUGUGGUUCUUCUACUCCCCUUGUUGUUAAUAUCUAUCUGUUUAUGCCCCCGGAGUGGCCCCAUAAAGCCAGAAACUCUAGCCAAUGCCAAGAAAACAGAUGCCGUCUCACCAGACGAUGAACAAAAAGAAGACACAGAGUCUGCUGACCAAGAGAAGGCAGGACCAGGGGGAGACAACAAACCCAGCACAAAGAAAUCCAAGUCAAGUCUGGAGGCAACAGAGGAUGAUGGAGAUGAUGAAGAAAAUGAAGAUGAUGAUGCUGCAGAUGAGGAGGAGGAGGAGAAGGGGAGCGAGUCACCGCGGUGUGUAAUUAUUAGGUUUUGUACAAGCAUGAAAUUUCAGUAAAUUGUCGUUCAUCAAUUUAUUAACUCAACAAAGCUGUUUUUGAGCUUUUUCAGUUAAUGGAUUUGUUCAAAAUACAUGUAAAUGAAACUAGUAUCCUAUAUAAUGUUUAAAAAUCAAAUUUCCAUACAUCAAUCAGCUAGUUUUUAUCGUAAAAGCUGCAAUUUUGUACUUAUGUGUAGAUGACGCUCCACAAAAUAUGAGAACGUGUUGAAAUCUUGUCAUCGCCAAAAGUGAUUACGUAAUACACGAGUAAUUUCGGUGAUUUCCUUAAUACCCGUAUCCAUACAUGUACACAAUUGAAAUCUAAACCUCUUUAUUAUUUUAAUUCUGUGUUCUUUUGCAUCAAAGAAAGACAUGUAGAUUUCAGUUUUAAAACUUUUAUUUCCCAUGGAAGCAUAUUGAUAGAUGUAAUUAUACCCCAUGGAGCAAGUUGCUGCAGGUAUAAUGUUUUUGACCCAUCCAUCCAUCAGUCCUGUUCUUGUCAGCACAACUCCUUGUAAACCACUCAACAGAAUUUCAUGAAACUUUGUAGUUCAUAAGGAGUUACUGUGUAGAUGUGCAUAUUUGCAGGAAAUUCAGAUUUAAUUUUUUUCUAGGGAAUUAUGCCCCUUUUGAACAGAGAAGUUUGUCCUCCUUCAGUCUUGUUUUUGUCAGUGCAAUCCCUCUGAAACCGCUCAACAGAAUUUCAUGAAAUACUGUAAACCAACUUUUAUUCGUGUGCAAGAAAUUUUUGCAAGGUUCGCGAGAAUCACUUCCUAGCAUAUAUUUCUCGCCGCGAACCAGAUCUUUGAUGUUUCUUGUACUUUUAAGAUUAACUUGGUCAUGAAAAUUAGUCGCCGCGAACCAGUUCAUCACUAGUAAAUUGUGAAAUUAAGUUGUCGCAAAUAAAAGUCAGUUUACAGUUGAUAAUUUACAAUAAGGAAAUUAUAUGCAGGAAAUUGUUUCGAUUUUUUUUAAGGUAGUUAUGCCCUCUUUGAACUUAAAAGUUUGGCCAAAUUAAAUACACUACUGAAAAAAAUUGUCAGCACAACUCCUCUGAAACCACUGAACAGAUUUUCAUUUAAUUUUGUAUUUAAUGAACAUACUUUGUAGAUGUGCAUGUUCACAAAAAGUUCAUAUUUAUUUCUGGGAGUGAUGUCCCUUUUGAAGGUAGAAGUUUGGUCUUCUUCAGUCCUGUUGUUAACAGUGCAACUUAACUGAAACCACUUUAACAGAAUUUCAUGAAACUUUGUUGUUAUUAAAGGCCGGGAGUAACCUAGAAAAAUUUACACCCCUACAACAAUUAAGCAUAUAUGGCAAGAGGGCAGGGCUUAGCAGUGUUAUCAGAAUAAGCUCUGUAGCAGAUGAUAUUUUGUACAGGGAGACUGGCAUGAUUUAUCAAAAUAAAGUUUUCCCGCAUUUUUCUACCACUCUGCUCGAUCUGCGAGGCACUGAAAGGAUAUGUUUUUACUUUAACAAAACUUCACCCUAGGAACUACAAAAUGAAUUCAUCAUUGUUUUAUCCAUGUCUUUUAAAACAUGUAGUUUUUUUGAUAAUAUACACAAAUAUUGGUAUAUUUGAUAUACUAAUACUUAUGAUUUUCCUCUUGGUACCUUUCAAUUAUGAGAAGAAUUUGGGGGGAAUUGUAGUUGUGCAAUGGAGGACAUGUGCAUUGAAGGAUUAUUAAGAAACACUUUGUCCAUUAUGAUAUUUGGAGACCUACUAUCUGUGAUUGUCUCUUUUGACAUUGUAAUGUCCACACGUAAGAGUCCAAAUUGAGAGUAAUUUUAGAGUGAUGGUUGAACAAUUGGACAUAUUUGUCAUCAUUGAUGAGAAACAAUGGGAGUUACACAACUGGCCUAGGAGAUUGUUGCUUAAUCAGACAAACACCAUGCUUGACAUUUUUCGAGAAAAGGUACCAGCAAUCCUACAAAACUCUGAAACAGCGAUCAGACUGAACAGUCCUAAUGAGUUAUUUUUAUAAAGUUAACCAAUUUUUUUUUAAAGGAAUGUGAUUAUAUAUAAUUAAAAAAUAAAAUCUGUAUUUACCAAUGAUAUAUGAGUAAGUACUUUUUUUCCACGUUGUAGUGAUUUGAUUACAUGUUUCCUUUGGUGCAAUCCCCCUUAUCUAAAACUAGACAAGCAUGCUCGUGCAAUAUGUGAGUCAACAUCCGGUGUAAACAAUAACAAAAGAUGAUCACACCCACAAACUGCCAAUCUCUAGUUUGAAAUACAAAUUUAGCCCAGCUUCAGAUUUUUGAGGCCAAAAUUAAAACUUCAUGAGAAUUUAUAUCUAAAAUAGAUAUGGCCAAUAUAUGCACAGUUAUGAGGGGAACAAGCAUACCCGUUUUAAAAUUUCAGUACAACAGCUUAAUCUUUAUUUUUUCAAAAUAAGUGCUGCAAUCUGAAUGUGAUAAGAAAAUUCAUAUAUUCCACCAUUUUCACCGAUUGGCUGCUUUUAUACCCAACUGCUGGCCUUUAAGGACAUACUUUGUAGAUGUGCAUAUUUGCAGGAAAUUUUGAUUCACUUUUUUUUUCUGGGAAUUAUGCCUGUUUGAACUUAAAUUGAAUAUACUACUGAAACAGUUUGUCAUUGCAACUCCUCUGAAAUCACUGAACAGAAUCAUUUCAUCCAAUUUUGUAUUUGAUAUGAACAUGCUGUUUGGAUGUGCAUAUUCACAGAAAAUUCUGAUUGUAGUUUUUUUUCCUGGCAGAUUGAUAUUCCCCUUUUGAAGAUAGAAUUUUGGUCAAAAUAUACUAUUUGAUACUCCUCUGAAACUGCUGAGAAGAGAUAUGUAUUUAAUUUGGACAUACUGUGUAAAUGUGCAUUUUCACAGAAAAUUCUAAGUGGACAUUUUUUUUCUGGGAGUUAUUCCCCUUUUGAACAUAGAAAUUUGGGACUUCUGUGAAACCGGUUUUCAAGCCAUUUGUAAUUAAAAUAUUUCUGUUUUAAGAUUUUACACAAUUUACAUUUCUAAACAAUAUGGUAUACUUAACAAACACAUCUUGGUUUUUUUUUUUUAAAUAAAUAACACCUUGUUUGAUGGUUCCACUGAGGAGUUGUUGAAUGUUUAAUCACGUAAUCGUUAAGCUUAGUCUACUGAGGAGCUGUUGAAUGUUUAAUCACGUGAUCGUUAAGCUUAGUCUACUGAGGAGUUGUUGAAUGUUUAAUCACGUGAUCGUUAAGCUUAGUCUACUGAGGAGUUGUUGAAUGUUUAAUCACGUGAUCAUUAAGCUUAGUCUACUGAGGAGUUGUUGAAUGUUUAAUCAUGUGAUCAUUAAGGGUCAUGGGACUCCUGUUUUAAAAAUCUUAUUGUUAAUGCAACUGUUGUUAAAUAUUUAAAGUUUGAAAAUAAAAACUUGAUUCUUUUAUGCACAGGAGAUCUCCAAGGAAGAGGAAAUCCAGAAAGGAUUGAUAGCAGUGUGAAAUAGAAA